UCUGCGAGAUCUGGUUUUCAGCAGCAUUGCGGCAGACAGUGUGCAGUGUUGUGGAAUGGCCAUGGGCUCAUGUCGGUAAAGAGUGCUUUUGUCCUUUUCGCCAGCCACGAAAUGGAGUUCUUGGCUCCCCUCUGUAUCUGGUUGUCUUCCGUGUCUUGGCUCGUGUUGGUACUCGUAGGCUGGUUGGAGGGCAAUUCGGGUAAGUCUCCAUUGCCUUGUAGCGAUCUUUCACAAACACAUGGUUCAGAUAAAGAUUUUUCUCUUGAAAACUAGAUGUCAUUUGAAUAUUACAAUUUCCCUUAGUCAUACGUGUUAGUACUUAAGGUACUGCCAUGUAUCACAAUAACAUACAUGCUGUCACCUGCACACAGCCGUGGAGGACAGCUGGGAUGCUAACGCGGCCAUGGUGGUGAGAGACGUUCUACUGGCGUCAUCAGAAAGCGACUCGUGUCUCGUCAUUAUUGCAGAAAACAGCUUGUUGGUGAGGCUUUGCAAAAAAAAAAAGUCUGUCUUUCAUGAGUAAGAUAACAUUAAAUGAAUUUCAGUGAAUACUCUCUUGAUGAAAUAAAAAGUAUUAUUCGAGUCUGAAAUGGAAACAUUCAUCGGGGCCUCGCGAAGCGUGGCGGUGUUUGAAGCGGCCACGAAUGGGUCGCGGCUCUCCCAGAUGGUCACUCGUGCCCGCCAGGUGCGGGUGGCGUCGUGGAUGGUCGUGGUGGCGGUGGUGAGUGAUGACCCAGUCUUCCUGGCCGCCUUCGCCCAACAGGCCCGUGAGGGCCGCCUGCUGGUGUGGGCCACGAGGCUCAUUGUGGUGAGCCGCCGCGCACCGCUCCGCCUCCACCCGCUCCACCAGACUCUCGCCCUUACCAACUCCCUCCUGCUGCUGGUGGAUGGCGCGGCGAGGGUGAGCAGGUGUGUGGGUGUGUCUGUUGUAUACAGACGAGCCUCUCAUGAUCAGCAUGUGACUUUGGUUCCCUGUAUGCUUGUGAUCAUUGUCAAACGGUCACGGCCAAACAGGGCACCGCUGUUCCAGGGCCACUGGAUGGAUGGUGCUGCCAUACCAACGGCCUGGCGUCGCCCCACUGCUGGUUGCCUCCUGGCCGGCAUGGGGCAACCUUUCAUUGUAUCGGCCGCUCUUCUGGGACAAAUAUAGCAAGUUAGAGGCAGUAUUAUACUAUACCCAUGUACAGGAGAAAGUGUGUGUGUGUGUGUGUGUGUGUGUGUGUGUGUGUGUGUGUGUGUGUGUGUGUGUGUGUGUGUGUGUGUGUGUGUGUGUGUUUGUAUGU